AUGCUCAAAUAUCUUGUACUCAUUACGGCUAUCUUCCAUUCGGCCUGGGGAGCGCAAUACAACUUGCAUCAUCGUGUUUUCGUCCCGGGAAAGCCUUCCGACUCGUCCAAAUAUGCAUUAAAGGGAACUGUUGAUAUUGAUACGACCACCGGUGAGCCUAAUAGCCUGAUGCAGCAGCUCUGGAAAGACCCAACAUUUGACACGUCUCACAAGAAAUCCAUCGACGAACCCCAUGCAUUGUACCAAGUCGCACUAGAACUCCCAGACUAUGAUGAAAAUAUGUGGCCGAUGACCUCUAUCAAAGCUUGCCACUUGCCAAAAGCCAGCGGAGAACGCAUAUGGGUACAUGUCUCGCACGCUGGAAUCGCACACGCGCUCAGCUAUUGGCUUAUGGACACCCCUGACGACGGCACUUGCCCACCGUCGUUGUCGCCCGUCGGGGCUCGCGGAGAGUGGAACUCGACCGUUAUUGUCAAAUCUUCACUUCCUGCUCCGGUUCCGCAACUUCGUGUGCCACCUCCAUUAACACCAGAGGGCAAUCCCGUCGUCCCCGAAGUCGAAAAGACGUUUAUACAAAAGUACUGGAUGCAUCUAAUUGGUGGAUUCCUGCUUAUCUCUUUCCUCGCACCGAUACCGGAGGAAGAAGGACAAUCUGGACAGCAGCAGCAAGGAAGCAGUGCCGGUUCGAAGUGA